AUGGGUAAUGAGCAGAGCACGCUACCAAACAAAGGAAACGUAUCAACUAACUCUGAACCUGAAGUAGUUCCUAAUAAAAACAAAGGUAUUGUUGUUGUGCAAAACAAGAAAGAAGAACCAAAGGAUCAGCUUGAAGAAAACCUAACUAAGUUGGGAUUGUGUCCGAAGUUUCAACCUCUCUUGCCAAACUCACUAACCGUACCUGAUUCUCGCCCUCUGACUGCUGAUCUUAGUGGUUCUUUGGACGUUCGCGCUUGUUUAAAAGUCUGUGCAAGACUACAGGAUCAUUUGAACCAGUGUGCUACUGCUGAAGUUGACAAAGUUGGUGUUUCUGUGAUGCUCCAUCUUACAGAGCGGCAACGCGCAUUUGCAAAGCACGCAGAACAUUCUAGGAAAGUGGACGAUAUUUCAACCACGUUAAACCGAGUUCGUAUGAACCUGGAACAAACCUUGCUUUUAGUUGAUGAUCUUAAUAUGAAACUACCUGAAAAUUUAAGGCUGGAGAAACUGUCACUGUGA